CCCUGCUCGUCGCUCGUUACCGGCCAGCGCUGCUGCUUGUGCAGGAGUUGUUGAAGGAAGUCACAACUCAAGUAACCUGUGAGAUGGACGCAGACAGAGGAAUCGAGUUACUUGCCCCAAAGGUCAUGAAUUGGGAAUUGGCUUUUUUAUUGGAGGACGACAAUAGCAUCUGGGACAAUAGGCAACUGCUUUGGAAAUGGGAAAUUACGGUUUCACGAGUCUGCGAGAAACAAAAAGAUGCGGACAAUAAGAGCCGAUUCAAUACAGGAGUGAUAGUCGAGGAGCAGCAUGCACGUGGAGUAAAAAGCUUGGAUGCAGCCGAGCUAUUUUUACAACAAGGACACAAUCUAUACAAUUCUAAAGAUUAUUGUGAAGCUAUCGAAGCUUUUAAGAAGGCCAGCAGCUGGUAUUUCCGUAAGGGUGAGAGGUCCAAGAGUGAAAUUGCAAAAGCUUGGGUUCGUCGGGCCAAAGUAGCCCUGAUUGAGAGGAAUGUCUCUUCCUGCCUUCAAGAUGUUGGGAGCUGCUUCUGUGUUUGCGAAUUGACAAGAUAUCUAAGAAUUUAUGAUCUCACUGUGAAGAGGUUUGGUAAUGCUCAGAUGGCUUGGACUGCAACACGAGACAAGGAACUAUCGUUUCAAAAGGGGGAUGUAAUUCAGGUUUACAAGUUGAAUGAGAUGUUGUCACAAGAGGACCACUUUCACACGUGGUAUGAUGGACGUGUGAACGACAAAG